AAUUAAUAUGAUAAUGAAUCAUUUAAGAAAUUGUGGAAAAUUUUCAACUCUUGUGUUUGCUGAUCAUUCAAGUGGAAAAUUAUCAAAAUCAACACUUAAAAUCUUAAAUGCUGCAAAAUAAUUGAAUUAAUAAAUAUCUUUAUUAGUAGCUAGUAAUGAUGCAAAUUCUGUAGUUGAUUAAAUAAAAUAAUCAAUUCCAAAUAAUGUUGUACAUUAAGUACUUGUAGCAUAACAUGAUUCAUUAAAAGCACCAUAAGCUGAUUUAUUAGGUAAUUUAGUAAAAUAGUUAAUUGAUUAACAUGGAUUUACUAAUUUUGUUACAAGUACAUCUACUUUAGCAAAAGACUUCUUACCAAGAGUUGCUGUUAAAUAUGCAGCUUAACCUAUAACAGAUGUGAUAGCUAUAAAUAAUGAUGUAUUUCUAAGACCUGUUUAUGCAGGAAAUGCAAUAGCUUAAGUAAAAUCAAAUGAUAAAGUGAAAUUCAUUUCAUUUAGACCUACUAAUUUUGAAGAAGUAUAUAUAAUAUUAAUAUAUUAUUAGAUUCAAUAAGUUGGUGAAAAAGUAUCUAAUAUUGUUUAAGUAAAAGUAGAAAAUACAAAAUAAUUGAUUGAACAUGUCUCUGAUGAAUUAGUAUAAAGUGAUAAGCCUGAAUUGACUACUGCUAAAUUUGUAAGUCUUAUAUAUUCAUUAUAGAUUGUAUCUGGAGGUAGAGGAUUAGGAAGCAAAGAAAACUUUAAAAUAUUAGAUGAUUUAGCAGAUGUAUUGGGUAAUACAGCAAUCGGUGCUUCUAGAGCUGCUGUUGAUGCAGGAUAUGCCGCAAAUGAUUAAUAAGUCGGAUAAACAGGAAAAGUAGUUGCACCUGAAUUGUAUAUUGCUGUAGGAAUAUCAGGAGCUAUUUAACAUUUAGCAGGAAUGAAAGAUUCUAAAGUUAUUGUAGCUAUCAAUAAAGGUAUUUACAUACAUAUAUCAAUUAUUAUAGAUUCAGAGGCACCUAUUGUUAGUGUUGCUGAUUACACCAUUGUUGAUGAUUUGUUUAAAGUAGUCCCAGAGUUAACAAAGAAAAUUAAAGAAAUUAAAUAAUGAUAUAAAAAAAUGACGU